ACAAAAAAAUAAAAGGGGCAUGCUAGUUUAGACAUAAAUCCUAGUAAUCUUAGAUAUCAUCUGUUAGAUAUUAUUUGUUUGGCAUUUAUUUCGGUCUUUCUAACUGUGUCUUGGUAUUUUAUAAGAGUACUGUAAGGUUAUUCAUUUUUUUACAUAGCAUAAUUUGAAAGACUUUUACACAACGGCAGUGACGUAGAUUGACAUUUGGGAGCCGGAAUGCUAGGUGUUGUGAGGAGCCCCUUAUAUCGGUUAGGUCUGAUGAAGGGAAAAUAAUAUAUGUCAAAGUAGAAACACUUAUCUAAUAACUUUAAAUAAAACGGGUAUUCGCUUAAUCUCCCUUUACGUGUUUCGUAACGUGUAGCGUGUUCUGUUUUGUGUGGAAUUAGGAAGUCAGCGGGAAGGAUUCAAAGGACCAAUAAAAAGAUAAAGAGAUUAAAGGAACAGCUCAUGCGAAAAUAGUCAAAAGUUGCAAAGUGAAGAAAGAAGGAAGACAAACGAGAAGAGAAAAAGAACAUUGGCAGGCACUUCCCAAGUGUUACACAGCAACUAAAAUGAAGGUGGAGAAGCCUGUGGCACGGCACUUGCCCGAAGAUUGGCAUCGUAACAACGCCGCUCUUCGCCAGGCCAGCCACGACACGCGGACGACCUCCCACAAUUUGCGAAAUGAGAGUAUGCACUUUCGUAAUCAGACAACCAACAAGACGUGGUGGGAUAAUGCGGACAACACCAUACGCCUUCAAGACCGAAUCUAUGAAGUCCAGAGGGUCACUGACGACCUGGACCGUUCGCUGAGACAAACUCUGGCCGAGAUCGCGAAGCUGGAGGCCGCCAAGGAGACAGCGGAGGCCGAGCUGGAGGCAAGGGUGUCGCCCCUCAACACGGCCAUGGAGUGCCUCACCCUCAGAGAGCGGCGCAGGGAGGGCGACCUCGUUAAGGAUGAUAUUGAGCUGGAGCUUCACAAGGAGGUGCGGACGCUUGAGAAAUCGCGAGCAGAGCUGGAGAAGGUCGUUCUCGAGGCGGUAUCGCAGCUGAGGGUACUCCACGAAGCCAAGCAGAACCUCCAGGACGACCUCAAGGACAAGAGGGCAGCCCUGGCAGUGGACCGAGAACAGGAGGCGCUGACUGAACACUCGCCCGAGAUCUCCUUCAAACCCGACCCGCUUCGAGUCCCGCCAGGAACCAUUCUGCCUACCGACUGGCUUGAACACCCAUUGAAGAACAUGGCUGCCGCUGAGAACGCAAUCAAGGAAUCGCAAAGCUUGAGGGAUCGCAUGUGCGUCACCAUACAAACGGCGCGACGGAACGAUGAGACGCAACAGACGGCUUCGGAUUAUGCCCUUCGACGCAGGCUUCACCAGGAGAGUCGAGCAAGGGAUGAGCUGCAGUGGCAAAAGGAUCGACUCCUGGAGGAAAUUCGGGCUCAGGAGGAGGAGAUUUCGGCCUUGGAAGAGCAGCUUCGUGCUUCCUCGCUACCCCUGAAGGUGGCGCAGACGAGGCUGGAGGGAAGGACGGCUCGAGUGCGGCACGACUUGGUCAGGGACGCUCCUCAGGACGGCCUGGUGGCGGAGGUCCAGCAUCUAACACAAACUCGGACGCUCCUGAGGGAAAAACUGGCCAAAGCACUGGAUGCCCUUCAUACCUUGCAACGACACCUCCGAACGGUGGACGUGGACCUUGGAAGGAAAAACUUGUCAGUAAGCCUCGAGCAGAAGGUGACCGGUACAAGGGUCGUCCUCAAAGCACCUCAGCCCAAGGAGUCACUAACCCAAGCCAACCUCACUCUUACUGGUUCCCUUAGGAAACACCCUACACAAAUCCUGUAAUGAUUCCCGAUAGUAUAUUCCAAUAGAAUCAAUUCACACAUAAGGUACUUCAAUUAUUGUUCUAGUACAACUUUCAGUAUCGCCCGUAAAUUGUAAUAAGCUGUAACCUAACUAAAUUCUUUAUAAAUGCACUCAAAGACAUCUAGUUUUCUGAUGACAGGAACUUCCUCAGAACCAGUUGCAAUUUACGUACUUUUAAUGCCUAGGUACUUGAAAUGCAAUCCCUUAUACGAUAUAGGAUACACAUGACGAUCUUUGUAAGAUUUUGCAUUUUUUUUCAGUUGAACUUAGAUAGGGUUCAAAUUUUAUUCCCAGUAUCACCACAUAGCAUUAGCUUUACUGUCUUUGCAUGGCCUUCUUAUUCAAUAUUGUAUUGUGCUUUUUGGAAUGGACAAUAAAAUGUAUAUCUUUA